AUCCCGAAUAGCGGGAGGUUACUUUCGGACAGCAACUGUUCGCAUGCGUGGAGUCUGGCACAGUGCUUCUGCUUUUGCUUUUGACCUGUGCAUAGCGACUGAGGACCCAUCCAUCUCCUGCUAGUGGACUCGGAUCUGCGCCUUUCUUAAUUCUUUAGGUGAACCAGGAUUCCUACUAUUAGAGAAUCUGUGGCUAGUUAUUUCCCCUCACCUCCAAUUUGACCAACCUUGGGGUGUGAGCUCACUGCAAUCUCCAAGACCUGAGAAACUCAGGACUAAGCCCCUCCUGCAGAGACAGGCUCCUCCUCUCUCUGGCUCAACCCCGUUGUUAACCUGGUAAGCCCCGCCCCAUAUGAUAAUUCAGUCCCAUAAGUGAACCAAAAUGAACCUCAAGGAGACCACGUAUUCACUCGCCUUCUUCCCUGUCCGCCUGCUGAUUUGGCUAUACACAGUGAUCACUUUUGUCCCAUGGUAUAUCCUUACCAAUACGCAUGAGAAGCUAGCCCUGGCAAAGAAGAUGAAAGCAAAGUCAACCACAGGCGCUGCCGAUGGCCCCUACCGUUCUGUAGACCACUUCGACUCCCUGGCCACCAUGGAUUUCCCUGGAAAGGACACCCUAGACAAGUUGUUUGACCACGCCGUGCAGCGCUUCGGGGAAGCGGACUGCCUCGGGGCCAGGGAGGUGCUGAGCACAGAGAACGAGACUCAGCCCAGCGGAAAGGUGUUCAAGAAGCUGAUCCUGGGUCAGUACAAGUGGAUGUCAUACCAGGAUGUGGAUUUGGCAGCGAGUCAGUUUGGCAGUGGGCUGGCAGCCCUUGGCCAGCAGCCAAGGAGCACCAUCGCCAUCUUCUGCGAGACACGAGCGGAGUGGAUGAUCAGCGCCCAGGCCUGUUUGAGAUGCAACUUCCCACUGGUAACUUUUUAUGCAACGCUGGGGGAGGAUGCCAUUGCCUACGGGCUGAACGAAUCUGGGGUUACCCACUUAAUAACCAGUGUGGAGCUCUUGGAAACCAAACUGAAGAAUGUGCUUCAUGAGAUCCCAAAACUGAAACACAUCAUCUAUGUGGACACAAAGGGCUUGAAUAAGGCAGAAUACCCAGAGGGCCUACAGAUCCACAGCAUGCAGGCUGUGCAAGAGCUGGGAGCCAAGCCCGAGAACUUGAGUGUGGAGAUACAGCGCCCCCAACCCUCAGACCUGGCGGUCAUCAUGUACACUAGUGGGUCUACUGGCCGGCCAAAGGGCGUCGUGAUCCUCCACAGCAACCUGAUCGCGGGAAUGACAGGCCAGUGUGAGAGGAUCCCAGGGCUGGGUCCAAAAGACACCUACAUUGGCUACCUCCCACUGGCUCAUGUGCUGGAGAUGACGGCGGAGAUCUCCUGUCUGACAUACGGCUGCAGGAUUGGGUACUCCUCGCCUCAGACGCUCUCCGACCAGUCGACGAAGAUUAAGAAGGGCAGUAAGGGUGACUGUUCCGUACUGAGGCCCACUCUAAUGGCAGCUGUCCCGGAAAUAAUGGACCGUAUCUACAAAAAUGUGAUGAGCAAGGUGCAGGAGAUGGGUUACCUGCAGAGGACACUCUUCAAGCUGGGCUAUAACUAUAAGCUGGAGCAGGUCAAACGAGGCUAUGAUGCACCUCUGUGUAACACCCUCCUCUUUAAGAAAGUGAGGGCCCUGCUGGGAGGGAACGUGCGGAUGAUGCUCUCCGGGGGAGCGCCCCUGUCCUCCGCCACCCAGCGCUUCAUGAACGUCUGCUUCUGCUGCCCGGUGGGACAGGGCUACGGCCUGACCGAGACCUGUGGAGCCGGGACCAUCACUACAGUGGCAGACCACAGCACCGGGCGAGUUGGAGCACCCCUCAUCUGUUGUGAGAUCAAACUAAGAGACUGGGCCGAGGGAGGCUACACCAAACACGACAAGCCCCACCCCCGAGGGGAGAUCCUGAUUGGAGGGCCCAACGUCACCAUGGGUUACUAUAGAAGUGAUGGCAGUAACAAUGAGGACUUCUUCACUGAUGAGGCGGGCCAGCGCUGGUUCUGCACGGGUGACGUGGGCGAGAUCCAUCCAGACGGCUGCCUGCAGAUAGUGGACCGUAAGAAGGAUCUGGUGAAGCUGCAGGCUGGAGAGUACGUCUCACUGGGCAAAGUGGAGUCGGCCCUGAAGAACUGCACCCUCGUCGAUAACAUUUGCGCAUACGCAAACAGCGACCAAAAUUACGUCAUCAGCCUUGUGGUGCCUAACCAGAAGAAGCUGACCGCCCUGGCCAAUCAGAAAGGUAUUGAUGGGACCUGGGACGAGAUCUGCAACAACCCCAUCAUGGAGAAGGAGGUGCUGAAGGAGAUCACGGCGGUCGCAAAAUCAAUCAAACUGCAGCGGUUUGAGAUCCCGGUCAAGGUCAGCUUGAGUCCAGAGCCCUGGACCCCUGAAACGGGCCUGGUCACGGAUGCCUUCAAACUGAAGAGGAAGGAGCUGAAGAACCACUAUCUCCACGAUAUCGAGAGGAUGUACGGAGCCAAGUAGUGGUGCUGUGCCAGCCCAGAAAUGUCUCUACCAUUUUUUACUGUAUGUAUAAACAUACAGUGACUUGACAAAGAAAGUGCACCCCCUUUCAAAGUUAUGGUUUUAGAUACUAUGAUUUAUGCUGUAUUAAGACAUAAGUAACCCUCAUCUAGUCCUCACUAAGUCCUAGCAGUAGAUAAAUGUUGCCUCAUGUGACAGUUUGCACAUAAUAGAUUGUAUUGAAAUCACAGAAUUGAAAGAGGGUGUACUUUCCUUUUCACAUCACUGUAGGUAAAGCAAAAUGUCUGUCCGCUUCUCUGUCUGUCAGUCUUAGUGGCUGAGAAUGAGGAGUGCAGUAUGAUAUAGGAAGCACAAUGCAUUGUGUGGAAGGAAGAUGAGAUGCCAGCUUUAUAUGAAAAUCCUUAGAAGAGGCCUCCAUGGUCUGUCAAAAACUGGCAACGUGUGCUUUCAGAGGGGAGUCCACUGCCAUCCAUUUUAAACUUUUUGAAUUUGUAUUUCGUAGGUUUUUGGAAUUUGUGUAUAUUAGCUUUGUGUGCUUUGUAAAAUGUUUGUGUGUGCCUAUGAAAAGGGAGGUAUGUAGUUGCUCUAAAGUUGGAUGAAGUUCAAGGUCUGUUGAAAUAGGGUUGCUGAACUUGAAAAGUAUGUUUUGUAGCAUGGAACUUUGCUGCCACUUAGUGGUGAAAAAUAUUUUGGGACGACGACACUGUGCCUUCGCUAAGAAACAAAAUGUCUAUUUUCCUUAGCAAGCAUGCUUUAAUAUUUAACCACUCAAUUAAUAGGACGGUGCAUUACAAAAAAAGAUGGAUAUUUGGUCAAAAAAGGUAAUCAACAGAACAGGUUUACUGAUGUGGUUGAACAUGAGAGUGGCUUUAGAAUAUCAAAUGCAUAAUUUGUCCAGGAAGAUAUGGGACCAUUAAGAUAUUUUUUUUCUGGUAUGGUAUUUCACACCUGUAAUGGGACUGUAGUUUAGCUUAAAUUCAGUUUGUUUAUGACAUAUGAGACACUGACACCAAAUUAAAUGUGUCCAUUUCUAGUUGACUCAGGUAACUGGUAUUAAUUUGUAGGUCAGUAGUUUAAGAUUAUUGGUAGUGAGCCUACAAAACGGUCAUAUGGAUAUGGUCAUAUGUAUUAAUAGACAUUGAGUCGGAACAUCUUGAUGUAUUAUAGCUACAUCAGAAAUUGUGGAGUAAAUUUACCUUGCAUUCGUGCUAUUGUAAGUCUGCUGUUAUGUUUUGUCUUAUUACUUAUACUUAUAAAUUAUUUUGUACAGUAACGCUGUAUUUACAAAUAUUGCUAUUAGACCUAUAUCUGUGCUUCACUCCAGUGAUCUAGUAUAUGCAGUGCGUUGUGUAACUUACUGUUCUUUUAAGCAUUCAGCAUUUCUUUCUCAAAAUUGGUCCCAAAUGAUUAUUUAUGUCAAGGUGUAUGAGAAGUAAUGUAGCCUAAUGUAUCUGUCAGGAUGUGCAAAGCAAAUCAUUCAGAGCCUGAUCCUGGCAUGAAACUCUUUUAACUUGGAAAUUGAAGUUAAGAUUUUAUUUUUUCCCCCUACGUGCAUCCUGGUUUUGGUUACUUAAGGGGAGGCACCACUGGUGAAAAGGACAAUUUUGGCUCUUAUGAUAUUUAGCUUCAGCAACGACUAUAGUUCUAUCAAAUUAAAAAAGUUAAUUUACAUUCCAUUUUCAUUUUUUAUCCCAGUCCAGUAUACCAAGCACCAUAAAAAGCUUAAUCCAUCUUAAUUUAUGGAUAUAACUUGAUGCUUCUUAACCAAAAUAACUCGUGAUUUACAGAUUUUUUGAUAUUUUGUCAUUUCCAUUUAAUGCAGAAAAAUGACAAAAACAAAUCUGAAUUAUCCAGCAUAUAGAUAGUGUUUUUUGAUUUGUUUUUGUUUUACAAUUCAUGACAUUGAAUUUGAAGAAUGAGCUCAACUGUCCACAGAGACAAACAAGACAACAAAUAAUUUGUGCUUAAUUAUUCAUGAGAUAAUUUGAAUAUAUUCCAAAAAAAAUGUCAUAAUACAAAACAUGUUUGGAUUUGUGUCCACAUUCAAAAUAUUAUGUCAUUUUGAUCGGAGGAAAUUAUUUUCCCCUCCUGUUGACCUGUUGUAGCUCCCCUUAAACGGGAAUAUGAUGGAAGAGUGCUUGAGGUGGAGCUUUGCCUUUCAUUUAAUUUGAUGAACAAACAUUAAGUUAACUCUAAUUAAUUUUGUAGCUUUUGUUAAUGUCAUAUAUAAAUAAUUGCCAACUGCCUACAUUGAAACCAAUCUUUUCAAAGCCUACACACAGCCUGCCUCUGAAUCCUUUGAUUAGCCACACUAACUUGAAAUUCAAUAGAAGGCUGCUUAUUUUAGUUUACUUUUUGUCUCCUAAAUGAGAAUAUUACUUUUAAUUUGUAUAUGUAAAUGCAUGACUAGGUCACUUAUUUCUCAUAAGCCACACUGGGGAUCUGGGCGAUACAACAAUGAAAUCCAUUUAAAUAAGCCUACUGUCCACUAUUUAACAAUUAAUCACUAAUGCCUAACCCUCAAUGAAUACAUAAAAAAGAUUUUUUUUUUUUUUGUUGCUUUUGUGCUCCAGCAGUGAAAAUGUGUAAUGUUCCACAUCGUUCAAGAAUUUUAAUGUAUAAAAUGCUUGUUUGGACAGAAGAGUGCAGUCCAAUGUUUACACUUUUGUGACGUUUUAAAGGUAGUUAAUCUAUUUUUCCUUAUGCCAUGGCAACCCUAGAAUGUUGAAAAGUUCAGAGUUGAGAUAGUUUUCUACUGAUAGAUGUUUUCCUGUUAACUUCUUAUCAAAGACCACUUGAAACCACUGUAUUGCGACUUGUAAUGUUUUGCAAUGUUUCCAGUUUAGAUUUGGGGUGUGUGGGGGUUUUGUCUUUCGAUGCCACACAACAUCUACAGGGCAAUAGUGUUUGGAUUAGGUUUAAGAUAUGAGAGCAGAGUAAUACUUUUUGCUUUGAAAUCUCAUGAAGAACCUGAAAGAUCAAAUUGUGUUGUCUUUUUCAGUUUGAAGUCAAGAUGUCUGUUUUGAACAUGUAUUUGCAUGCACUGUAGAGCUAUGGACAUUUAUUUUCAACUGUUUUAAGAUAAUGCUGAGUGACCCCAGUGCCAACCUGUAAAGAAUAUGGUUGGUACUCAAUUGUGUCCAAUUCAAAGGCAAAUUCAUAUUUGUUUGGCCAGUGGGAAGUUAAAGAAGCUCUGCUUGACAAAAUAUUUAUUAUAGUGACAACACAAGUUUACAUCUUUUACAUCACGUCCUGGAUGUAGCAUGCAGAUGGGGGUUUUAUGCUCCUCAUUUUAUACAAUGAGAUUUGCAUUACUGAUUGAACCAUACCAACUAACCAUUCAUCGUCUUGUGUGGUUGUGACGUUUGUAAAUAUUAUACAAUCCUAAAAUUAGAUUUGUUCACAUGUAGCACAUCUGUGAAAGCAAAUAAAAUGGAAAAGGCCUGCAGGUCAGUUCUCCAUUUUUUCUUAGUCUGUAGGACACCUGCUUUUCAUUCAUUACAGGUUUUGGUAAUACUCAGUGAUGUAUUAAAUAUUGUAAAUGAACAAACCUUUGGCUAAAUAUGAACAUUUCGUAGUCAGCUCUAUUUCCAAUAGAGGUUCUGUUGUUUCUUGCCCUUAGAUCAGGUGCCAUACUCUGCAAGUUUGUUAGCGUGGUUCUAGUUUCAACACAUUCCAAAAUGAUUCGUUCUAAUAUUUUGUAAGAUUGACUGCAGACUUGCAGUAAGAGCCUAUUUGGUGAAUGAUUAUGAAAUUAUCUAUAUGAUGAACUUCUUUGUCAAAGUAGAAUACAUCUGCUUUUUUGUCCUCAGGGUUAAACAAAAUUAACUCGAGUUUCUCAGUGAAUUCAAUUCACAUUUCCAAAUGUUACCAUGUGAAGUAUACAGUCUCCUCCGAAAGUAUUGUAACAGCAAGGUUAAUUUAAUGUAUCACCAUGAACAUGAACAUCUCACCUUUUGCAUCAGACCACCCAAUCUUUAGGUGAGCAAAAGUACUGGGACAUGUGACUGGCAGGUGUGUUUCUUGUUGUCCAAAUGUGUCCUGUUAGAUUGGUUAAACAAUAAAUCGUUCUGAAUGUCUACUCUUGGUUUAGCCUUGGGUUUUGCCUGUGAAGACCAUAUUUAUUGGUUUAUCUGAGAGAAAAGCAAGCCAUAGAAAAGAGGGGAAAUUGAUCAGAGCCUUUGCACAAGCAUUGAGGAUAGCUUGUACCUGAAAAAUAAUGAAACUGCUGCCGUACUGAGCAACAGAUAUCAAACAGGUUGACCCAGGAAAACAACAGCAGUUGUUUGACAGAAACAUUGUGAGAGCUGUGAAGAAAAACCCUAAAACAUCAGUCAGUGAUAUCAGAAACAAUCUCCACAGAGCAGGGGUGAAGGUAUCUCAAUCAACCUUUCGAAGAAGACUUAGAGAGCAGCAAUACAGAUACUAUACACAACAUGCAGUUAUUGUAAGCAAAAGAUAUGCUACCAAAUAUUAACUGUCAUUUACUUAAAUACUUUCUGAUCCAAUACUUUUUCUCAUGUGGUGGUCUGAUACCAAAGGUGCUAUGCUCAAAGUAGUUUUAACCCAUCUAGGUGUAAAUACCAGGAAAUAAAAGAUGAAAUUCUGAACUUGUCUUGUGUUUAUCUUUUUAUCUGCUGUGUAUUUCAAAAACAAAGGAAUUGGCCUUGCUGUUCUUUUGGAGGGGAUUCUAUGUGCUUAUUUUGUUUUUCCAGCAUUUAGAAAUAUAGUAAUAUUUAUUCAAUUUUGUUGGGCUUGUACAAUGUGUAACUACAGGGUGGCUGUAAACCUCUGUCAGGUGUAAAUAAAGUGUUUUUAUAAUUA